UCCCUUCCCUCUCUCCAUCCGCGCCUCUCUCCCCCGAUUCCCUUCCCUCUCUCCAUCCACGCCUCUCUCUCCCGAUUCCCUUCCCUCUCUCCAUCCACGCCUCUCUCCCCCGAUUCCCUUCCCAAAUCAAAGAAAAAAGAAAACCCAGCAGCACGCUGGCAGCAGGUAGGGAGUAGCCGCAUCCAUUUCUCUAGAGUCCAGCCUCUCCUUGGCACGUCUUUAGUCCAGAGUCGCUGCAGCUCCUCAUCGGUCGUUUGCUUCUCCUCGGCAAGUCAAGCCGUUUCCAGUUUGCUCGCUGUAGCUCUUCCAUUGCUCCACCACAGGUAGGGAGUAGCCGCAUCCAUUUCUCCAGAGUCCAGCCUCUCCUCGGCACGUCUUUAGUCCAGAGUCGCUGCAGCUCCUCAUCGGUCGUUUCCAAUUUGCUUCUCCUCGGCAAGCCGUUUCCAGUUUGCUCGCUGUAGCUCUUCCAUUGCUCCACCACAGGAAAAUGAAUGCCAAUCGACAGUGGAUGUAUAAUAGGCUCAAGGACGGGUUGUUGAAUACUGAAUUUUUAAAUGGUUUAGAGGAGUUCAUACAAUUUGCUUCAACCCAUCCUGAAUGUAUGGAUGGUAUGAAUAUAAGAUGUCCUUGUAGUAUGAAAAGGUGUUCGAAUCGGAGGUUCCUCUGUGUGGACGAUGUACGAUAUCAUCUGAUGAAAAAUGGUUUCGUCCCUAAUUACUACAGGUGGACAGCACAUGGUGAAUGUUGGGAUGAUCAAGGUACCUCUAGUGUGCUAUUGUCUGAAACUAUCAUGGAAAAUGAUUUUCAAACUGGGACUAGUGGCCGAUACCAUGAAAUGAUUUUCAUGGAAAAUGAUUUUCAAACAUGGAAUAUGAUUUUCAUGGCCGAUACCAUGAAAAUCAUGGAAAAUGAUUUUCAAACAGCAGCUGAGUUGUUUCUCCACACCCAUACAAAGAAGAGUGAUCGCAACAAAUUUGUUGAUAAACGAGCUGAACUUGUUUAUGAAAAUUAUUUGAAGUUAAAAGAACAACAUUCAAGCCAGAAUGUGGGAUCAGAUCAUGUGGAAGGAGAUGGAGGAACUAUUAAUGAGGAUCAGUUGUUCAUUACUGCAGCAGGAGGAUGGCAAGGAAGUCGAGUUUAUGGUUUAGGUAGUGCUGCAUCUUCUGCCUUCUCUCAAACAGGAACUGUGGAGAAAACAACAAAUGUUCCAUCAUCACAAUCACCAGAAUGGAAGAAGGAAAUUGAAGCAAAGUUUGAAGAGAAGUAUAAUAGUUUGCAGAAACUUGUAGAAGAUCAAAAUCAGAUAAUAGCUCGAAUGCGUGAUGAACUACAGGCAACGAGGAUGGGACAGCAGUCUUCCUCAUUGAUGCCAUCAACAUCUGAUAUGCCUCCAGCUCAAAGAUCCCCUGGUGAUUCACAUAUAGAUUAGCAUGAUAUCAUUUCUCACUGACUUUAAUAAUAUAUUUUAUGAUAUGAAUUUGAUACUAUUUGGAUUAAUUAUGUAUUUUGAGAUAUUUUAAGUUUUAUAGUCUUGAACUAUAGUAAUGUUUUGGAUUUUUAGAUUGCACAAUUAUGAAAUGAAGUUGAUGUUUAUAUAGUA